CAAAUUACAGAACCUGGGUAUUAUGAAGAUGGAAAGUUCGGUAUACGAUUGGAGACGAUCGUCACGGUUGUGGAGAAAAAUCUGCCGAGAAAUUUUGAUGGUCCUUACCUUGGACUGGAACCCGUCACCUUCGUCCCAUUCGAGCCGAAGCUGAUUUGCGCAGAACUCCUGUCAACCAAACAGAAAAAUUGGCUCAACAACUACAACGCUCUCGUGAGAGACAAAAUUGGCGCAGAAUUGCACGAAAGAGACAACACCGAAGCCUACGAAUGGAUGAUGGCCAGAACCGGUCCAGUUGUCGUGACCAAGCCGUGCAAAUUAUUGGCUGGAUCUUCAGCAGCAUCCGUUAACACGCCGAGAACGAGUUUCUUGACUAAUUACGUCCUGAUUCCCGUGACGAUUUUGUUGAUGAACUUGAUAAGUUUUUGACUGAUCGUACGUGUGUUGAGUGAAGAUGAGGAGCAGAAUUUGAAUGCCAUCGUCACCAGCAGUGAAUUCCAGCAUUUCGAUCAUCUUGAGUGGAUGCCUUUUGUCGAUGCGUGUUAUCCGAAGUACAACUUGAGCCAUUAUAUUAUUUAUUUGGAAAGUUGAAGGAACGAAUAGCAAAAAAAGAACGAUUCCUCUUUUUGAUUAAUGCCAGCUGACGCGUUUGUUAUAAAUCGUUACCGAACGUUGAAAUCGGACGAAUACAUUUUUCUAACUCUACGAAUUCAAA